AUGAGCAUCAUCACCGGCAUUCAUCUUGGUCCUCAUCAUCAUCUGCAUUCGUCUUGGUCCUCAGUGUUAUCAUCAUCAGCAUUCAUCUUGGUCCUCAUCAUGAGCAUCCUCACCGGCAUUCAUCUUGGUACUAAGCAUUAUCACCAUCAUCAUUCAUCUUGGUCCUCAUCAUCACCAUCAUCAGCAUCAUCAGCGUCAUCAUCAUUGGUGCCCCUCAUCAACAUUAGCAUUCAUCUCGGUCCUCAUUCAUCACCAGCUUUCAUCAGCAUCAUCAUCACCAUUCAUAAUCAUCAUUCAUCACCAUCAUCAUCAUCAGCAUUCAUCUUGGUCCUCAUCACCAUCAUCAUCAUGAGCAUCCUCACCGGCAUCCUCACUGGCAUUCGUCUUGGUCCUCAGCGUUAUCAUCAUCAGCAUUCAUCUUGGUCCUCAGCGUUAUCAUCAUCAUUCGUCUUGGGUCCUCAUCAUCAUCAGCAUCAGCAUUAA